GUCACCAUCUGCGAGGCGCCGCGGACGACGUGUGCACUGCAAGUUGGCCACUGACUAUACAUUCGCGUAUUGAAGGGCGUCUCAACGCGGCCACAACACUCAACUUUCUUCGUGGCCCAAACACAAUUUCAUUUUCAGAACGCGUAUUUCAGCAGCCAGCAGCACCAUGCAUCCGCACCUCGUUCGCAAUCUCCUGCUGUUCUGCCCUCUCCCAUCCUCCCAAAGACUGUGGCCACUUAGCUCCUUCCCUGCCCCAGUGAGCCCAAGCCAUCCGCACUCGAAGCCCCAGCCGUCCGCACCUCUCUCGAGUCUUCGCAUAUUUGCCACAAGGACACGGUCACCCAGAGUGGCUUCGGAGAUGUUCAGGACUAGGAAGGACGAUACGAUGGCGCGCGAGACUCCACAGACACAAAGUCGCGUAGAGUUCGCGCGCUCGGCGCUUGAUCAUGGUGGCCAAACCCAUUGGGAGAGCAGACACCCGGCAGGGGUGCCAUUCAAAGACCUUCUGCAGAGGAUAGACGACCUACAAUCAACGUUGGAAGUCGUGACGCUCAUCAGGCACGAAGAGGGCGAUGACAUUCCGUGGCAUGACCGUGUCAUGCAACGGAACGACAUCAACCUACCUCGGUUGAGGAGAUUGUCCGUGGCAUACUAUCCCGAGGAGUACGUAUGCCACCUUUUCAACGCGAUUCGGUUCAGUGGGAAGCCGAAGGUGUCGCUGCGCUUUGCCGCACGCAAAGGUGUCUCUGUCAAAAUUUUUGACAGCACAUGCCCAUCUCUCCACGACCUCGCCCAUCGCACGAAGGGCGCGCACAUCCAGUAUGCAUAUACUGGACGAGAACAUGGCAGCAACGAAGUCGUCUUCACGUUCAAAUCAUUGGACGUAUCGCUUGAGGUUGCAUGGGAUCACGGGCUCAGUCAGAGCAAGAGCGGCGAGGAAUCCUCUGCCUAUGCUAUUGCCGAGGCAAUCAUAAGGAAUCUCCCGAACCUCCACACGCUCGAGGUGGAACUGCGUGUCGAUUCGGCACCUCCAAAUGGCGUAUUGCUCGAUUGUCUUUGGAUACGGAAGUUCAAAGACGUCGAGGUAGUGGUGCGCAGGAAUGGGAGGAAGGAGUUCAUCAAAUACGAUGGCCCAGACCACCCUGCAUCUUCGUCACCAACAUCAAGGGCAUCGAAGUCAGAGCGCACAAGGACUGGGAAAGAAGACUCACUAAGCAUGGCGUCUCGGACUCCUACACUAUCAAGUUGAUGGACAUUCAUGGCGCUGGCGGUGGUCGGCUCCCUGUGUCGCGUGAUCAUGAACUCUAGAAAGACCUGUUGGCAUUAUAGAUAUCUGUAUAACAGCUAUACAUUAACGACAUACACAGUAUACUUUGCAUAGAUGUACAAUACUUACAUUUGGGCGUACCGGUGCAAACUUCUAGGUUAUUAGGGACUGCACAACUUCGACAGGC